AUGGAGAAGCUCAUGAUACUGCUGCUCUUCUGCCACGAAGUGUCUUCAGGUAAGAUAGUCAAACACUCGCUGAAGUUUUACCACAUGAUAUCUUCUGGAAACCCAAACAUCCCUGAUUAUAUGGCUGUGGCAAACUUUGAGGAAGUUGAGAUGAUGUACUAUGACAGCAACAUGACAACACCAGAACCCAGACACAACUGGGUGAGAAAAUUAAUGGAAGAUGAUCCACAACACUGGGAAACGAUUUCUCAGGAUUGCAUAAAUUAUGAGCAGGCCUUCAAAGAUGAAGCAGGCAGUUUCAAGCAGCACUCAAACCAAACUGGAGGUGUUUACAUUAUCCAGCAGACUUUCAGCUGUGAAUGGGAUGAUGAGACGGAAGAAGUUGAUGCUUAUAAACAAUAUGGUUAUAAUGGAGAAGACAUUCUCAAAUUUGACCUGGAGACAGGGACAUGGAUCUCUUUAAAUCCCCAGGCUGAAACCACUAAACAGGAGUGGGAUGGAAAAACAGCUAAUAAUCAGUAUUGGAGGAACUUCCUCACCAACCUUUGUCCUUCGCUGCAGAGGAAGUAUUUGACCUAUGCGAGGGGUCUUCUGCAUAAAACAGAGCUUCCCUCAGUGUCUCUCCUCCAGAAGACUCCCUCCUCUCCAGUCAGCUGCCACGCUACAGGUUUCUACCCUCACAGAGCUGUGAUGUUCUGGAGGAAAGAUGGAGAGGAUCUUCAUGAGGACAUGGACCAAGGAGAGAUCCUCCCCAACCAUGAUGAAACCUUCCAGGUGAGAGUUGACCUGGACAUUUCAUCAGUCACACCUGAAGACUGGAGGAGGUACGACUGUGUGUUUCAGCUCUCUGGAGUGAAGGAGGACAUCGUCACCAAACUGGACAAAGCAGAGAUCAGGACCAACUGGGGAAAAAUUCAGAAUGGAAAUGAUGAAGAGACGCCCAGUGAAAAGACCCUCCCCAUCGUGGCUGCAGUGGCUGUUCCUCCAAAGGCCCUGCACCUAAUAAGUAGAGCUUGUUUUUAUUCUCCCAUCUCUGAAGACAGUUCUUGACAAAGUCUUUGAACUGGCUGAAAAGCUGAAUCCAGAAACCUGAUCGACAGUCACACCGUCCUGCACACACACAGUGACAUCACGUGGGACUAGGGGUGGGCAUGAUUAAUCGAUGAUCGUCAAGAGUUUUGUCGAUCAUGUGGAAUCUGAUCAUGUGUGUAUCAACGAGGUUGUGUUGUGUAGUGUGCCUUGAAGCAAUGCCAUGAAUUUCAGUACGUGGCAGCAGCCAGCAGGGGUGCAAUUUAAAUUUUCAACAGAGAAAAACCCUCAGCUGCCGGCGCGCGGGCUGCCAUAGGCAUCGCAGGUACACAUGAAGAGAGCGAGGAGAAGUUUGGUGUGGGAACAUUUCGAGCUAAAAAAUAACAAAGCUAAUUGUAAACAUUGAGAUGCCGUGUAUAAGCGCCGUAGCUUUGGCUUGUUAUUUGUGAGGAGGUCAGGGCUCCUCGGGCUCCGCUGCUUUGUUUAAGAGGAUUGUUCUUGGACUAUAAUUUCUUCUUGGAAUAAAGAUUUCAUUGAGGAAAAAGACGCUUUCUUUAGUAUUUUCUGCCAUAGGCAUUUUUUAAUAUGAAAAAUUAAUAAUGAAUCGAAAUUUCAUCAAGUGCCCAUCCCUAUGUGGGAAGACAAAAAAGGCAGCAUUGUAUGAGGUUAAGGGAGGUUAUUAAGAGAAAGAACUAAAUAAACAAGAUGGUGUCUUAUUGUUGUCGUGUUCAGCCCUCUGAUACCACCAAUAAAGGGGUCUCAGGAAAUAGUGCCCCUACUGCAGCAGGCAAACCAGACCUUGGUUGUCAUGGUUGCAGUAAUGAAUGGUUGGGCUUGGUAAGGUUUAGGCACUCAAACUACUUGGUUAGGUUUAGGAAAAGGCCGUGGUUUCUGUUAGAAUAACUUCUUCCCUCACUUUAAAUUAAAUAAUCUUUGCUGUCAUGUUAAAAUAACAAUAAUGUGGUUAACUUUGUCCAAUUGUCGAACAUCCGUCAUUACAUCCACCACCCUCCUUCUUACGUGGACUCUGUCUCUCUAUUCACCGGGCUUUUUCCUUUGCUCCUGUCAUAACUACAGCCACUAGAUGUAGCCCAGCAAAAACAUGUAGUUAUAGCUUGUUUUUCUAGAAAAAUUUAUAUAUUAACAUCUUACAAUAAAACUGAGCAUUGUUGGAGAUGAACUUUAAACAACCUUUACUCUGUUUUAUGUGAGUGUUCUUCCAUCCCUUUAGGUUUGGAGUUACUUGGCAAAAAUCACAUAUCACAAAAAACUAGGCCUAUAUAUUUUCUGACUUACAUGCAGUUACGUUUUGCUUUUACUUGCUGAGGUUUGGAGAUAUCUGCCUCAGAAAAAUUGCUUCCACCCCAAUACAAUAGGUUUAAUCUGAAUUCCAUUUCUGUUUUGUU